UCUGUUUGUCUAGAAAAGUCUCAUUUCAUAUUUUUACUUUUCUUUUCACGUCACCAUCAGGAUUUGAAAAAAAAAAAGGAUGUCCUGUUCCUAAAGGAAAGAGUGGUAAUGAGUGAAGCUGCAAGAAUCCUGAAAUCAGUCCAGAUAGGUUUAGAUGUCGCCAUAUUUCUUCUCAACACUGAUUGUGGCCCACAAGGGACCGAGUUAUGCAAUGAAUGUGCAAUUCUACUUCAAAACCUUGAUUCUGGUACUCACCUUGAUAUCUCCGAUGCACUAUUCAAUGCGUACAACGCCAUCUCCGGUAUCACAAAUGCGGAAAGAGAUGCCAACGAACUUCUAUGCAAGUUCCACCUCGCUGGAGGACUAACCAUACAACUAGGCGACAAAUAUAGAUCACAGAGCCGGUUUGUAGAAGCAAAGCAACUCUUCAAAAGCGUACUCGCCCUCAUGCAAACGAUUGGCCACAAGAGGGGAGAAGUAGUGGCUCAUGAUAGACUUGGAAAUGUAUGUCUCAGUGUCGGUGAAAUGCAGAGGGCAAAAAACCACAACCAGAAAGCUCUUGCCAUCGCGAUAGAAAUUGGCGACAGAAAAGGAGAAGGAAGUUAUAACGGGAACCUCGGAUUUUUGUCUCAUUCCCUUGGCGAAUAUCAGAAGGCUAAAGAAUAUUACAAGAAAGGACUUGCCAUCGCUAUACAAAUUGGCAACAGAUUUGGAGAAACAACAAUCAGUGGGAACCUUGGAUGUUUGUUUCAUUCCCUUGGCGAAUAUCAGAAGGCUAAGGAAUAUUACAGGAAAGCACUUGCUAUCGCGAUAGAAAUUGGCCACAGACAAGGAGAAGGAACAAUCAACGAGAGCCUCGGAUGUUUGUUUCACUCCCUUGACGAAUAUCAGAAGGCUAAAGAAUAUGAAGAGAAAGCACUUGCCAUUGCGAUAGAAAUUGGCGACAGGCAAGGCGACGGAAGAAUUAAGGGGAACCUCGGAACUGUGUUUUCUUCCCUUGGCGAAUAUCAGAAGGCUAAAGAAUAUUACAAGAAAGCACUCGCCAUCGCAAUAGAAAUCGGCGACAGACGAGGAGAAGCUCAAAAUUACGUGAACCUCGGAACUGUGCUUGAUCCCCUUGGCGAAUGUCAGAAGGCUAAAGAAUAUUACAAGAAAGCACUUGCCAUUACGAUAGAAAUUGGCGACAGACAAGGAGAAGGAAUAAUUAACGCGAACCUCGGAACUAUGUUUCAUUCCCAUGGCGAAUGUCAGAAGGCUGAAGAAUAUGAAGAGAAAGCACUUGCCAUUGCGAUAGAAAUUGGCGACAGACGAGAAGAAGGAAUAAUUAACAGGAACCUUGGAACUGUGAUUUCUUCCCUUGGCGAAUACCAGAAGGCUAAAGAAUAUUUCGAGAAAGCACUUGCCAUUGCGAUAGAAAUUGGCGACAGACGAGGAGAAGCUGAAAAUUACGCCAACUUCGGGAGUGUGUUUUUUUCCCUUGGUGAAUAUCAGAAGGCUAAAGAAUAUAAAGAGAAAGCACUUGCCAUCGCGAUUGAAAUUGGCGACAGAGGAUUAGAAGGAACAAUUAACAGGGACCUUGGAGCUGUGUUUUUCUCCGUUGGCAAAAAUGAGAAAGCUAAAGAAUAUCACCAGAAAGCUCUUGCCAUCGCGAUAGAAAUUGGCGACAGAAAAUCAGAAGCUAAAGUAUACUGUAGUCUUGGAAUUUAUUAUUCUUCCGUCGGAAAAAAUCGGCAAGCUAUACAAUAUUUGGACAAAGCGCUUGGCGUCAGUAUAGCAACUGGUAACAGAGAAUUAGAAGCUCGUGCUCUUACUACUUUGGCAGAUGUUUUUGUUUCUGUCAAUGAAAGUCAGAAGGCAAAAGAACAUUGUGAGAAGGCACUUACCAUCAGCAGAGAAUGUGGCCAUAGAAAUGCCGAAGCACGAAUUUACAUUAUGCUUGGCGAAUUGUACCAUUCGCUUGGUGAAAAUGGCAAGGAAGAAGAAUAUUUGGAGAAAGCUUACUCCAUAAGCAGCCAGCUUGGAGACAAAAUGACGGAGUUUAGAAGCCUUUUCAGUAUUACAAAGUUCAAGUUAUCACAUUCAGAAUUUGCUGAGGCAAAGGAAUAUGUUCUUCGAUGUAUUGGAAAAUACGAGCAAAUCAGAACUUUUCUGAAAGGAAACAGUGAAUUUAAAAUGUCUUUGUUGGAGGAACGCGGUACUUUUCCCUACCAGAUACUCACUCACUUGCUUUGCGAUGCUAAAGAAAUUCAAGAUGCUCUCUAUGUAGAGGAACUGGGACGAGCAAGAGUCCUCGCAGAAUUAAUGGCAGACAGGUACUCCGAGGUGAGUCAAAUCUCAGCUAAUCCACACUCAUGGGUCGGGAUUGAAAACAUCGUGAAAAGAGAAAGUAACAGUGUUUUUCUGUAUAUUUCGUACUUCGAGCGGUAUGUUUUUCUCUGGGUAUUGAACGCAAAUGGAGACAUUUACUUUCGAGAAUCAGACAAAGUGAAAUUAAACACUCUUGAUGCUGAGCAAGUUUGCGAAGUGGAAGGAAUUUUAAAAAAGAGUGCCGCUGGCUUUGGCGUUUUACCCACAGCCAACUGCGAAGAUCGAUCUUUGCAUGACAAUGUGACGAUAUCUCUUCAUGAAAAGAGCCGAACAAAUUUACGAGGAGAACAAACCAAAGAUACCGAAAGAAUUCAUCAUUUGUGCUACGAAUGGAUCGUCACACCUGUAGUAGAUUUACUUACAGAGCCUGAAAUAAUCAUAGUUCCGGAUCGUUUUAUGUACCGAGUCCCAUUCGCUGCCCUGCGUGCUGGACCCGCCGAAGAGUAUUUAUCGGAGAAGUACAGAAUACGCAUCCUCCCUUCUCUGACGACUCUCCAGCACAUUCAAGAAUGUCCAGUGGACUACCACAGUCAAAGUGGUGCACUGGUAGUGGGUGAUCCUACGGUUGGCACAGUGUAUUACAAUGGACGUCUCGUUGACAUUACACCAUUGUUCUGUGCAAACAAGGAAGCAAGGAUGAUUGGUCAACUGCUGGACAUUCGGCCUUUGUUAGGAGGGUGCGCAACCAAGCAGGCGGUACUUCAAGCAAUACCUACAGUGAGUCUGAUACAUUUUGCCGCACAUGGAGAUGCCGAAAGAGGAGAGAUUGCACUCUCCCCAAAAAGUACUGCCAACGGUAUUCCACAAGAGAAAGAUUACCUCCUGAGUAUGUCCGACAUUCAAGGAAUUCAAGUUCGAGCAAAACUGGUUGUACUCAGCUGUUGUCACAGUGGGCGUGGAUUGGUUAAAAAGGAAGGAGUUAUUGGAAUCGCUCGAGCAUUUCUAGCAUCUGGUGCACGUUCAGUGUUGGUAGCAUCGUGGGCCAUAGANCCCCAACUGUAA